AAGAGAAACGAGCCCAUCGGCCUUGCCAAAACCACAAAAAUUCCCGCAAUAAUCCGCACGCGUCCCCACCUCCGCGCGGCGCUGCCCACUUCCGUUCCGCCUCCACUCCACCCGCUGUCCGAGCUCCGGCAAACCCAACCCAACCCGAAAUAUCUCCCGCGCCGCCGCACCGUGACGUCCCUCCUCGCCUCCCGCCGCCUCCGCCCCCUCCCCAUGUCCGCCCCCGCCCCUGCCCCCGCCUUCCCGCACACCUCCCUCCUCCACCUCCCCUGCCGCCCGUUCGGGCCCAGACGGCCGAGGCUGACGCGCCUCAGGUGCCUGGUGUCGCUCGUGCCGCCCUCGUCGUCGGGCCCGGGCACAUCUCCGGCCAACGUGAACCACCUCAUACAGACUCUCUGCGCCAACGGCCGCGUCGCGCGGGCCGCGGCGCUGCUCCAGGGCCUCCCCGCGCCCACGCAGCGCACAUACGAGUCGCUCCUCCUCGCCGCCGCGCGUGCGGGAGACGCCGCGCUCGCCGCUGCCGUGCACCGCCGGCUCGAGGCCGAUCCGGUGUUCCGGCCGGACCCCUUCCUGUCGACCCGCCUCAUCGACGCCUACGCCGUGCUCAGCGAGCUCCCGGCCGCCCGCCAGGUGUUCGACGAGGCGCCCGUGAAGAACAUCUUCGUGUGGAACGCGAUGCUCAAGGCGCUUGCGCUCGCCGAUCAUGGCGAGGAGGCUCUCGCGCGCUUGGCCGACAUGGGGCGGCUCGGCGUUCCCGUCGACAGUUACAGCUACGCGCACGGCCUUAAGGCCUGCAUUGCCGCGUCAGCGUCGCACGCACCGGCCUCUGCCCGUGUUCGCGAGAUGCACGCUCAUGCCAUCCGCCGCGGCUAUGGAUUGCACACGCAUGUUGCCACCACUCUUAUUGACUGCUAUGCGAAGAUUGGGAUUGUCACCUACGCAGAGCGUGUGUUUGCUUCAAUGCCUGAGAGGAAUGUUGUGUCAUGGAGUGCCAUGAUUGGGUGCUACGCCAAGAACGAGCGCCCUGGUGAUGCAAUUAAACUCUUCCAGGAGAUGAUGGCUUCUGAUGCAGAUCUGGUACCAAACUCAAUCACAAUUGUCAGCGUCUUGCAUGCUUGUGCUGGGGUGAAUGCGCUCGGGCAGGGCAAAGUGCUGCAUGCAUAUAUCCUUCGGAGGGGUUUUGACUCACUUGUUUCAGUGCUGAACGCAUUGAUGGCAAUGUACAUGAAAUGUGGGUGCCUUGAAGUUGGGCGGUACAUCUUCAAUUGGAUGGGACGCAGAAGGAAUGUUGUGUCAUGGAAUUCACUGAUAUCUGGGUAUGGAAUGCAUGGCUUUGGCCGUGAGUCAGUCCAGGUAUUUGAGGACAUGGUCAAGGAGGGCAUUUCACCAAGUAUUAUCACAUUUGUUAGUGCCCUUGGGGCUUGUAGCCAUGCUGGACUUGUGGAGGAGGGAAAGAGGCUGUUUGAAUCAAUGGUGGAGUACAAUGUCGCUCCUCGUGCGGAGCAUUAUGCUUGCAUGGUCGACCUUCUUGGUCGUGCUGGGCGUUUGGAUGAAGCUGUGGAGCUGAUACAGGGCAUGCAUAUUGAACCAAGCCCUCAAGUUUGGGGCUCACUUCUUGGAGCCUGCCGAAUUCAUGGCCAUGUUGAGUAUGCUGAGAUGGCUUGCUCUCAUCUGUUUGAUCUUGAACCCCGAAAUGCCGGAAACUAUGUCCUCCUGGCUGAUAUUUAUGCUCGAGCCAAGUUGCAGAAUCAAGUUGAUGUGCUAAAGGAGCUACUUGAAGAGCAUGCACUGGAGAAGGUACCAGGUUGUAGCUGGAUAGAGGUGAAGAAAAAGCUCUACUCAUUUGUUUCUGUUGACAACAAGAACCCACAGGUGGAGGAGCUGCAAGCUCUGAUAGGUGAGUUCGUAACACAGAUGAAGAAUGAGGGCUAUGUCCCUGACACAGGAUCUGUUCUGUAUGAUAUUGAGGAAGAGGAGAAGAAGAGGAUUUUGCUCAGUCACAGUGAGAAGCUGGCCGUUGCUUUUGGGCUUAUCAACACUGGCAGGGGAGAGGUUAUCAGGAUCACCAAGAACCUGAGGCUUUGCGAGGACUGUCAUUCAGUCACCAAGUUCAUCUCCAAAUUCACAGAGCGGGAGAUUGUUGUGAGGGAUGUGAAUCGGUUUCACCACUUCAGAGAUGGAGUUUGCUCAUGCGGGGAUUAUUGGUGAAGAUGCUGCAAACUCCUUUUUUUUCUUUACUGAUUAUACUGGAUGAUCACUGAAGAAGUAGGAGCCACUGUACAGCCUAACAUAUUUAAUUAGACUAGGCAUGGUGAUAUCAUUUCAGGAAGGGCCUCAGACUUAUUGCUGAGUCUCUGGAGAAAAUUGGAACUUCUACCAGACAAUUUUGAUGCAAUUGUAACGAUACCCCUUCCAACACAUCUUUGUAGUCACGGUCCUAUGACAUAUUUGCACUACUAAAUCUGCAACCAUGCAUGGACACCGGCGAUGGAUGUAACAUCUUCUAGUAAAUGACAAGUAAUCUGCUAUGUGCCUGGGAUAUAAAGGUGCAGAUCAUUUAGAUAGGUUUUUCAAGUGUCCGUGUGAUCUGAUAUGUGUUGCGGCUGCAUAAUAGAUGAUCGUUGAAUCCUGAGAAUAGUGGAGCCUGUUGGGGGACAUGUUCGUUUGUAAGAUUGGUUGUCUUACCUGUGGAUUAUUCUAAGUA